UAACGUUUCCGGAACCCGCAGAGCUGUGUGACGCUGUUUUCUGUCGGAUAAUCGGUUGCUGAGAGAAGCCAUGACGGGAGGUUGCAGCAUCAGAGCCAUCUGGAUCCUCAACAGUCUCGACGCCGUCGUUUUCUCUAGGAGGUUUCCAGUGGUAGAGAAGCGGUGGAGGGGGGUUUGCAAGAGCGAGAACGAGAUUUCGGCCGAGGGUAGUUUUUUUCCUGUACUUCCUAGUGAUUCAGAGUUAGCCGCUGCAUUUGUAGAUAGAAAAAGAAGGGAGGGGUCUCUUCGUGGGUUUGGGGUACGCGUAAGUCAGUCAGCUGAAGGCUCAGAUUCUUGGGUUGAUGAUCCAAUCACACGUCAUAUCAUUGGAAUUUACAUUAGUAAUGAAGAGGGAGGGGACGAUAAUCUGCUCUGGCCUUUAAUCUUGCACACAAAGGGCCAUUAUUGCAUCCUUGUAUUGCCUAUGGUGGAGCCCAGGCAUUUAAAGGCAUUUGUAAAGUUAUGUAAUAGAUCUGAUUGUGGCAAUGCUGUUGGAGUGGAGGACAGUAUAUCUACCAUUCUGCUUGAUCUUCCGUCCAUCACAGGUGCUUUUAUGGUGGCACAUGCUAUUGGUGACAUAAUAACUGGUGAUGUGGCGGAACCUGAAGUGGUCGUAAGUGCAUCCCCAUCUGUCGGAGGAUUGUUAGACUCACUAACUGGCAGCAUAGGAAUAUCAAGCAUCUCCUCAAGGGCAAAACCUGUAGCUGCACCAGUUGCAUCCUCAACCCCUUCCGGCAUUGCAGCAACAGGAACUGUUACAUCAGAUGCUCACAAGACUGGUUCUAGGCCUUUAGAUAAAGAUGCUCUCCGAACUUUCAUAAGUAGUUCAAUGCCCUUUGGAACACCGUUGGAUUUGAGCUUCCCCAAUAUUGUUUCCAUUAGGGUUAAUGGCUUUUCUUCGUCAGAUCUUCCUCCUGCAGACCUGAAGCAACCUGCUUGGAAGCCUUACCUAUACAAGGGAAGGCAGAGAAUACUGUUCUCAGUUCAUGAGACUGUCCAUGCUGCUUUGUAUGAUCGAGACGAGAUUCCAGAUAGUAUAUCAAUUUCUGGUCAAAUAAAUUGCCGAGCAGAAUUAGAAGGAUUGCCCGAUGUGACCUUCCCCUUAAUAGGGUUGAAUGCAGAUCACAUUGAAGUUUUAUCAUUUCAUCCUUGUGUUCAAGUUCCAGAACAAGGUUCUGACAAGCAAGCUGUGAUAUUUUCACCCCCGUUGGGUAAUUUUGUUCUAAUGCGUUACCAAGCAGUUUGUGGUCUUGGACCACCCAUAAAAGGAUUUUACCAGUUGUCUAUGGUCUCCGAAGACAAAGGUGAUUUCUUAUUCAAAUUACGGCUACUGGAUGGAUACAAGUCUCCUCUCGCUAUGGAGUUUUGUACUGUGACUAUGCCUUUUCCAACAAGAAGGGUUGUAUCUUUUGAUGGCACUCCAUCGGUUGGAAUGGUUUCCACUACAGACCAUUCUGUGGAAUGGAAGAUUGUCAUGGGUGGGAGGGGCCUCACCAAAAGUAUUGAGGCAACUUUCCCUGGGAAAGUUCAGUUUGCACCAUGGAAACCUCAAAAAUCACCUACCUCUAGUUCAGCCUUUGGAAGCAUAGCUGAUGAAGAUAGUGAUAUUGAGACAGAUGGUAACAAUAAUAAUAUGGUAAAUGUAGAUGAGUUCCUAACGGAAAAAAUGAGCAAGGAUCUUCAUCCAGCUGAUUUGGAGGAGCCAUUUUGCUGGCAUGCAUACAAUUAUGCCAAGGUGUCGUUCAAGAUUGUUGGGGCUUCAUUGUCUGGAAUGUCAUCAGAUCCAAAAUCUGUAAGCAUUUAUCCAACCGUUAAAGCACCAGUGGAGUUCUCUACUCAGGUUACUUCUGGGGAUUACAUUUUGUGGAAUACGUUGGGUAGGUGCCCGUCUGUUGCUGUAGCAAAAGUAUAGGGAUGGAUAUCGAUGGCAACCCCGGAAUAUAAAAUGUAAAUUCAGGGAUCAAGAAUGCUCUCUUUAUGUAAUCCGAGUACACCAGAUCUGUGUUUUAAAGUCCGAUGUGUGCGUAAACCUUUGUUCUUUGCUAGAGAUGGUGUUAAAAAGAAGGGAGGUCAAGUUUAUGGUCUGAUUUGUUAUGAAAUGGCGUCUUAAAUUUUCUGAAUAGAUCACUCGUAAUUUUAGUUA